AUGGAAUAUCCCCUACAGAGACAUGUGCAAGGCACGUCUUCUCAAAGGCUUCUGGGAUACAGAUUACCACCAGACCAUUUUUAUACAAAAAGUUAUUUGGGUUUAACUGCGCAUGAAUUCCCCUCAAAGGCCCAGCAUUUUGUGCAACGGCAGUCCCAAUUCAUCAAAAAAAUAUCGGUUGAUCUACACUUUUCUAAAGAGGUUGUGGAAGACAGAGGGCAGGCCUUCCUACCAUUCCGAGAAUGGAAUGCAAAGGGAUUGUACGAUACCACGGGUAUUAUGUCCAGUGUACGUAGCCGGGGGGAAAUAAAAAUUCACCAUCCUCAACACAAGCCAUGUCACUUGAAAAACGCUUUGCUUUCCAAACAAAUAAAAGCUGAUACGAGUGUUGAAUAUGGAAAAAGUAUGUGGAAAAAACCUGAAAAAUUAGAAAUGAAAGAAAUUAACGAAUGCAAAACAAACCAUUUUGUAAGGCAGGAACCUGGAUCAAGCAAAGAGAAAUCCCUAUCUAUUGAUCUGGGUUUUUCUAAAGAGACUUCUGAUUGUGAUGAUGAGACCCUGAUGAAGCAAAAGAAAACCGCAUCAGUUUGUGUUGUGAGUCGACAGAAAAACGAAAAAAACAUGGAGAGGUUUAAUCAUAGCAGUCUGUUGACAGGGUCUGCCAAACGAAUUAACGAAGGACGGAUGACAGAAGGGAAUGAUUCGUCCUCUACAAACCAAGAAAAGUCUAAAACAUCAGAUAGUCAAACGCAUGAAAAGGAAACUGAGACUUUACUUCCAGUCUAUUAUAAGUAAGAUUAAUAAGCCUCGCAGCAAUGGACGAUUUGCAUUUCAUAAUUGAAAAAAUUAACUUAAAAAAAAAAAAAAAAUCCUUUUAGUAUUCCAUAUUUAAGUAAGCAUUUUUUUUUAAAACUCAGUUAUAUGUUAAUGAUGCUUUUUUGCAUAUUUAGUAUGUAUCAACCGCCAUGUUAUUUUCUACUUCUGUAGAGUGCCUAUAACUAGAAUCAAAAACUGAAAUUCUUUCACUAGUGUGCUGCAGAUCUUCUGAUAGUACGCCAGCAAGAGCUGGACUGAGAACCAAAGAUUGUCUGCUGGUCUGAGCAGGAUCUUCAUCACCUUUUGUGUCUGUCAAUUGCUUGUUGUUUAAUAGCCAUAUUGUAUAAUUGGAAAAUGCUUGUGGCACUAUACAAAUGAUGAUAAAAAUAAUAAUAGAUGUAGGCCAAUUAAUGUUAAUAGGCUGUGGCAGCUCAAAAACAAAGGACCAAAACGCCGGGUUCUUAUUUUCCAUAUCUACACCAAGUGUGCAACAACUUGGGGUGAAGAAGGUUAACCCUUUAAGGACACAACUUCUGGAAUAAAAGGUAAUCAUGACGGAAUAUUUUCGUCGUGUGUCCUUAAGGGGUUAAUAAGAAAUCCCUUAAAGGGACACUAGUCCCCCAGACCACUUCAGCUCAAUGAAGUGGUCUGGGUGCCAGGUCCCUCAGGUUUUAACCGUUCAGAUGUAAACUUAGUUUCAGAGAAACUGCUAUGUUUACAUUGCAGGGUUAAUCCAACCUCUAGUGGCUGUCUUCCUGACAGCCGCUAGAGGCGCUUCUGCGACGCUGGAUGCAAAAUUCGCAUCCAGCAUGCACAACGUCUAUAGGAAAGCAUUGAGAAAUGCUUUCCUAUGGACUGUUUGAAUGCGCUUGCGGGUCUUGCCGCGCAUGGGCAUUCCGCUCCACUCGGAAGCUGACGUCGGCAGGGGAGAAGAGGUCACCAGCGCCAGAUAAAGGUAAGUGGCUGAAGGAGAUUAAACCCCUUCAGUACCAAGGAAGGGGGACCCUAAGGGUGGGGGGGCCUAAGAAAACGAGUUUGAUUUCCUGACAUUAUAGUGAUGCUUUAAAUCUGGGGUAGGUACCUAGACAAUGCCACAUACAGAGGAUUUUAGAAAAAUAAAAGUGCCGUCCAUAGUUAAAGGGACACUCCACUGCCCAAAUAAAAACUAAAAAUUCACUGGUUAGUAGAUAUACCCCAAAUUAAAACUUACAUGCUUUUAACCCCUUAAGGACACAUGAUGUGUGACAUGCCAUGAUUCCCUUUUAUUCCAGAAGUUUGAUCCUUAAAGGACCACUCUAGGCACCCAGACCACUUCAGCUUAAUGAAGUGGUCUGGGUGCCAGGUCCAGCUAGGGUUAACCCAUUCUUUUAUAAACAUAGCAAUUUCAGAGAAACUGCUAUGUUUAUGAAUGGGUUAAGCCUUCCCCCAAAGCCUCUAGUGGCUAUCUCAUUGACAGCUGCUAGAGGCGCUUGCGUGAUUCACACUGUGAAAAUUACAGUGAGAGCACGCAAGCGUCCAUAGGAAAGCAUUGAUAAUGCUUUCCUAUGCGACCGGCUGAAUGCGCGCGCAGCUCUUGCCGCGCGUGCGCAUUCAGCCGACGGGGAGGAACGCCCAGCGCUGGAAAAAGGUAAGUUUUUACCACCUUUCCCCCUUCCAGAGCCGGGCAGGAAGGGGUCCCUGAGGGUGGGGGCACCCUCAGGGCACUAUAGUGCCAGGAAAAUGAGUAUGUUUUCCUGGCACUAUAGUGGUCCUUUAAGGGGUUAAUUGUACAUUUUUGCAUUGGGGGUGUAUAUUAAAAAAAACAAAAAACAGCUUGCUUUUAACAGGUCUGUGGUCUGCAGCCUUCACAAGUCCUCCCCUUCUAUCCCCGCCCAGACUUUCUGUGGCUGUCCAAUCACAGACUUCCCAAUGCAGCUCAAUGGGAAGUCUUUGCAAGGCAGGGGCUCUGAGCAAUUGCCGCCUCUUUAGUUUAGCUCCAUUCAGCUAACCAAACCAGGAAUUAACUUUACCAGUUUUCUGCUUACAUGCCAAGUAGGUGUAACAAGGUUAGUUUAUAAAAAAGUGUUAAUUUCUAUUGAAAUCUGCACUUUUUGCAAAAUGGAAAAAAAAUAUAUAUAUAAAAAAGUUGGGUUGUUACAUAAAUUUCAGUAUUUUGCGAGAAAUGCAUUCUGUUUGGAUCUUAACCCUCCCACGUUCUGUCUUUUAUGGUACAGGAUCCCUAGCUACUUACCCCAGCCAAAACAGGAGCAAGAAAUUGGCAGCAAUAACAAAACAGCAGAAUCAUUGUCUGUGAAACAUUAUGAACUGAAGCAGUCACUAAGACUACAGGAUCUGAUUAACCCACAGCUUGGAAAAUAUGUUCAUGCUACCGACAAUGAAUUUGAAGGGGAGCUUUAUUCAGGUAAGGCAGAGCAUGGAUGGUAUGGAAAUGGCCUUUUCUUUUCAUAAAUACCUGAAAUUCCAAAUUAUGGGGGAAGAAUGUAGGGUUUUAAUACAAAAAUGGUUAAAGGACCCCUAAAGGCACCCAGACCACUUCAGCUCAAUGAAGUGGUCUGGGUGCCAGGUCCCUCUAGUUUUAACCCUGCAGCCUCUAGUGGCAGUCUCCCGGACAGCCACUAUAGGGCGCUUCCAUAAUCCUCAACGCAAAAAUCGCAUUGAGGACACGCUGGACGUCCAUAGGAAAGCCUUGAGUAAUGCUUUACCAUGGGCGAUUUGAAUGUGCGCGUGGCUCUGGCCGCCCAUGCACAUUCGGAGCUGACGUUGGCAGGGGGAGGAGAGGUCACCAGAGCCGAGGGAGCCCAGCGCUGGAUUAAGGUAAGUGGCUGAAGGAGUUUUAACCCCUUCAGCCCAGCGGGAGGGGGGACCUAAUAACCCUAUAGUGCCAGGAAAACUAGUUUGUUUUCCGGGCAUUAUAGUGCUCCUUUAAAUGAUGUAGACAAAUGACAUGAAUGUGUACAUCAAUUGCAUCUAUCCUAUGCAAUAGUAAGCAUGUUUAUUAAUUGUAUACAUGUGUUUUUAAAGGAACAAGUACAGUUAUUCACCAGAAAAAUGAAAAGAAUAUCAUUUACACAGAGUGCCACAAUAAGUAUAAAAAACAUCUUCAGGAAAUUCUUCCUAAACCAUACCAGAAUUACGAUUUUACGGAGGAAGACUCAGGUAAUUCUCUACCACAACUGUUCUUAGUGGAAAUUAACCUGGUGUAGUGGCUUUAAAAUGUCCUUUUUCUUUAUACUGGUCUGGCUACGAGACCUGAAAGAGGACCUAUUCGCUGGAUUGCCCUACCUACCUCUGUGAUAAAUGAGACUGAUAAAUGUUCACUACCACCAAUUGCCAAGACAUCUCAGGAUAGAGACAACGGAAGUCUGAAGGCCGAAGAUGCCCCACUGAGCGAGCUUCAGGUGCUGCGCAACAUACUAACUCAUUGGAUGGGAGCCUGGACGUUGAGUGAGUAGGUCACUGAUGACAUAAAAAAAAUUGAUUAAUUAUGGUGCAAUUUAAACAGUUUCAGGGUUAUUCAAUAAAGUGCGAAUGAGAAGUCUUUGCAAAGUAGGUGACUAAAGAGUAUAUUUUAUGGAACAAUUCGCCAUGUCAGCUAUGCUUUUAAUGUAGUUUCUUUGUCCUACAAUUUGACAUUCUGGUUGAAUUGUUCAUUUAAACCUGCGUAUUCUGGUUUUAGAAGUAUGAAUAACCCAUUCACUGUUUAAUUGGCAAAACAAUGUGUUGCCAUUCUUCAUAGAUUUUACAGCUCAGAGGCCUAUACAGCUUAGUAAUGAAUUUACUAAAAAGGAGAACAGGAUGGGGGAAUACCAGGAGGGCUGAGGAAUGUAGAUAUAUGUACUAGUCAAAUAAUAGAAACAAGCAAAAAAAAUAAAAAAUAAACAGGGUUGCCGCUAAAUCAAUAAUGGACACAUUUAUACUUUUGGGCCUUAUAUUAAGGAAUCAUCUCCAUUUCCAUAUCGAUGCAUCACUCGAAACACAGUGCAGAUUUCAUAUACCAGACAAGAUUAUGACUAAUCAAGCAACAACACAUGUUCAUCUAUCAUAGGCCUCUUUACAGAAGCAUGAUACACAUACACCCCAUUCAUGACAAUGGUCUUCCCACAGCAGGAUAAUGCACCCUGCCCCACUGCAAAAAUUGUAUAGGAAUGGUUUGAUAAACAUGAAAGAAAAAAAAAAACGUUCUAGGUGUUGCACUGGCCUUCAAAUUCCCAAGAUCUCAAUCCGAUAGACACGUAGAGCAUUUGUGGGAUGUGCUGGAACAACAAGUCUGAUCCAUGGAGGCCAGACCUCACAGCUUGCAGAACUUUAAGGAUCUGCGGUUAAUGUCUUGGUGCAACAUACUACAUGACACAUUCAGAGGUCUUGGGGAAGUCCAUGUAUUGAAGCAUCAGCUAUUUAGACAGAUUGUUUUUUUUUUUUUCUCCAAAUAAGUCACUCUAAAAUGCUGCCAAUAAUGGCAACAGUUAAGGUUCAUCCACAAAGCAACUAAAGAGACAUGUUCAUUUUACCUGUAAUUAUACAAUACUAGCUGACUCAAAAGAGAGGUAAUAAAGCUCAGUUUAAAUGCCAUUAUUGGCUACCUUUAACGAUAGGUGUCAGUUGGAAGAAUGCCACACUGGAACGGUUGAAGAGGGAUCUCUGCAGCAUCCACAGUGCACAGAAAAUAUCAGCUUUGGUAACCAUUGCUUCAGCUGUCCUUAAUCGACCACGAGAUGAGUCAAGUUCCAAAAUGUUGGGUACGUGAGAGAUAUCCAGGAGUACCGUAAAUGUCUGAAUGAAUAAUCAAAAUUAUACACAAACACACAUAGUAAAUUCUGAUAUGCAGUGCUUUCUGAUCCAUACGGUUUUCUUCAUGCAUAUAGUUACACGUAGGUUCGGAAAGCGUUUAGGACACUGCACAUUCUAUAUGGACUACUUUAAAAUGUAUAUCAAAAACCAAGGUGUUACUUUGUUCAUGGUUACAUAUUCUGGUUUCAGAGGUAUGAAUAACAUGAAUAUUAGUUUCUCUCUUUUACAUAUCCUAAAGAUGUAAUCCCUCUUUAAGCUUACCUGUGCAGCAGUUGACGCAAACAACAAAUGGCAUGGUUCGCCUUUAGGUAGCCACUGUACAUGUAACUUACACAAUCAUGACCAUAACCACAAGUGGGAUGGCUAACUCUAGUUAGCCUGAAUUUGUGUGAAUGGGUUUUUACAUCCCCCCACUCCCAUAAUCCUUUCUGGCGUUACAGGCACAAUGUUGUCCCCCCCAAAUUUACAGAUAAGCUUGGCAUAUUUUAAACUCUCUAAUUAUUCUCAACAGAUAUGCCUAUACUGUGGAACUGAAUCUCCCUAUUUUUGUGCAGAGAUAGGGGAUUUUAAGUGGCCUUGUAAACUGUAAAUCUAAUUUGUGUGUGUGCAGUUCCUUAAUCUGUAUUUUGUAUAAAUGUUUUUCUUUACUGCAGCAUCGCUGCUGAGAAAUGUAUCUUCCUGGUGUGUCCCUAAUUCCUUUUUUUCUAUGAAUGUUUCGAAACAGAGGCAGUCUCCGAUGUACCUGCAGACAUGCUUCCCCUCAUCUGGAAUGCACUAAAACAUGAAGAUAUUCUGGUGAGCAUGGCAGCGGCUCUGUGUCUGUUCUUUCUUUGGAAAUCAAGCGAAGAUGUGAGAAAGAUCUUCCUUUCAGUCCUGGAGAAUGGUAUGUCUCUUCGUCUUGUAGCACUACAUGUAAAAUAAAGCUAUUAUUGGGAUGAACUGUGAGUUGUUGCUUUAACUCCAGGGACAAAACAUGGUUGCUCUUUGGUAAUGCGAAAAAUAAUCCGCAAUAAUUAUUGUAUUAGGUCUUGUGUAUAGUGUGAGAAUAGAGCAUGUCCUUUCUGGUGGUUCGCAGUGAUAGGAUUUUAAAUUAUUCAAGUAUAACUUCCCACCUACUCAAUUAAGAUUUUUUUUAUAUAGAAACUGGUUAGAAUGUCGCUUAAUUACAAAGCAGGGUAAAUAUCCUGAGAGAAGUUAGACCUAAAUCAGUUCUCAGGGUUAAAGGACCACUCUAGGCACCCAGACCACUUCAGCUUAAUGAAGUGGUCUGGGUGCCAGGUCCAGCUACGGUUUCCUCUAGUGGCUGUCUCGUUGACAGGCGCUUGCGUGCUUCUCACUGUGAUUUUCACAGUGAGAACACGCCAGCGACCAUAGGAAAGCAUUAUGAAUGCUUUCCUAUGUGACCGGCUGAAUGCGCGCGCGCAGCUCUUGCCGCGCGUGCGCAUUCAGCCGACGGAGAGGAGAAUAGGAGGAUGGGAGGAGGAGAGCUCCCCGCCCAGCGCUGGAAAAAGGUAAGUUUUAACCCCUUUCCCCCUUCCAGAGCCGGGUGGGAGGGGGACCCUGAGGGUGGGGGCACCCUCAGGGCACUAUAGUGGUCCUUUAAGGGUGAUCUGACACUACACCCAGACCACUUCAAUGAGCUGAAGUGGUCUAGGUGCCUAAAGUGUCCCUUUAAAUGAACUGGUGUUCAGCAGUGAAUAGUGCUAGGACAAGGUGAUCACAAAAGAGUAUAAUCAGAAUAGCAUCUACCACAUUGUCAUACAAAAAGUGGGAAGUAAAGCUAGGCGCCCAUCAGUAUGGAGGUCUACACAACAUGAAAAUGUGACUACAGAGCCAUCUAAAUGAGAACUUAAGUACUGCAAUGAGGAGUCUUGUGAACUUGUAUAAGUAAAUACAAAUAUAUCUAUUUAUUCAAAACUUAAAUUAAAAAAAAUUAACAUUUUCAAAAGCAGAAAAAUCAAAAACAUAAGUACGGUUAUAGAGGAAGGCUUUUCAUGCCUAUAGGAACAUAAUCUUGUGCACACAAGGUGCAUUAGACUGUAUCAGUCCUUAACUUCCUAUUUUUUUGUGAUUUUUGAAGAUGAGCUGCUAGCACUAUUCACACGAAUUCUGGAGUGCUUUGUUAUAAUAUUUGAAGUAUGUGUCAGCAGGUUCCAGGUCCAUGUUGUUUGGUCUGUGGUAUCCUGGGAUGCUGAGUGGUGCAUAGCCUUACUUCUCAUUGUGUGAGUGGGUGCAAUCUGUGCUUCAUUUUCUAUCAUAGCAGUCCUCAUCUGGAAUGUGUAGACAAGGUGUCAAGCAAUAGAUUUGAAGCGGUUGUAGAACUACAGGUUCCAUGAUGCUUUGCCAGCUAGAGUCUAGAAAAGAUUUUUUAUAUUGUUAGACUUUGCAUGAAAUGAAUACAUAUUGAGGAAAUUCUCAUGUUUAUCACAGGCUGGGCAGAAAUCAUAUUAUUCAGGGACUCAAUGUGCAACUGAAUUUUGCUCCCUAGAUCACCCCUUGACGUGGAAUGAACUACAAUUUUCAUGAGGUCUAUACAGCGUCUGGUCAGCCCUGUGUAAUCAUUGUCAAACGUGGCACAAUAAGUAGCUGGAUCUACAUAACAUUUCUAUUUGUUCCAGGUAACGAUGCAGACACCUGGGCCGCUGCUCAGUGUUUGGCUCUGGAAAGAGACUACAGCUAUUUGGUGGUAAAGAGAAUCCUCACUCAACUGUUUGAAGGGGGGGGAAGAGACACCACAAAGCAGGCUUGUUAUCUACUGCGUCAACUCAGCAAGAACACAGUGAGUUACUGUCAUGCAAAGAUAUUACAUCUGGGUAAAUGGAAUCUAAGUUCUAGGUAAGGGUUAGACUCCAGCCACCCAGAUAGUGAUGGACUACGACACCCAGAAUUCUUUGAAUUAUAUAGAUGGGAGAGAAUCUUGGAAAGUUUAGUCCAAGAAGAUCAGGGAGUGGAGUUUGUCAACUCUGUUCUAGUGCAUGCAUUUUCUGAAUUCUAGACUCUAGAAUAUACGAAAUGUCAAGAGGUAUAGGAUAACAAACAGGUAGAUAAUGACAAUAACAUAACAUGAGGCCAAUGAACACUGUCAGUAUUAACUACAAGAUGGUAUUAACAUAGCUGCAGUGUAUGAAUAGUGUUUGCUAUGUGUCGCUGUUGAUUUGUAACUCCUAUCAGUGGUGAUGGUUAUUAGCACGAUAGCGUAGCUAGUCCUGUGCACAAUACAGAUGCUAGCGUGACAUUUUAGAUCAGCAAUAUCCCUGCCUGUUCUGCUGCCUUUUUCUCCCUCAGAAUAUAAUUCAUCAUAUGCUGGGGGAUGAAUUAAACAACUGCAAUUGGAGAGAUCGUAUUGUGGCUUGUAGUACGAUUGCUCAGCUCCAUGGAAGUGCCAGCCAGGUGAGUAUCUGCUUAUACAUUUGACUUGAGAAUAUUGAUCUGAUGUUCAAAUUUAAAAGAAUAAAACUAAAACAAAUCUGUUUUUAAAAAUAGGUCAACAAAACUUGUCCGCACAAAAUCGCAUUUUUAAUAUAUUCUAAAAAAUUUUUUGGUCUAAAGUAAUGUGAAACACCAGUAGGGGAAUUUCACCAGUGCAGGAAUUGUGGAGAAAGGACAAGGAAAUUUUAAUUUUUGUGAUAAACAUAGCUGUGCAAAAAAAAACAAAAAAAAAAACAACAGCAUAUUGAUCUAAAUUCUGCAAAUCGUCCCAGAUUACUAAAAUUGAAAUUUUAUAUAACAUGACCUAACUAGAAAAGCCUUUCUUUUUUUGCAGGAUUUGAGGAAUAAAUUAAACUAUCUGAUGUGGAGGGAUUGGAAUGUGCCAGUUCGAUGGGCAGCUGCCAAAGCCUUGGGGCAGAUGGGCCAAGGGAACAUGGUCCAUGAUCAAAUAAGGUAGGUCAAAAGUCAAUUUCUUUUCAUAUACAAGGUUCUCAAUCAGGAGUAAUUCAGAACAAAUUUGCAGCACAUGUAACAUUUGUGGAGGUAAUUACUCUCUAUGGUUUAAGACAGCAAGAUCCCAAGAUGACAGGGAUCAGUCUAAGGAUAAUGGGAAUUGCAAAAAAACAACAAAAAAACAAAAACAAACAAACACUGUCAGGUGGGUCUAUCCACUAAAGUGACAGUGAAACCCAAUCUAACGAAGUUUAGAAAAACAUCUGAUAAUUCUGUCUGUGCAUUGCCGAUUGUGUUUACUUGACUUGCUCCGUAUAAAGUUAUUCUUAAUAUUUGUAGGAGAUAUUUAGAAGGCGGAAACUGGAGAGCGAAAGUGGAAGCUCUUUCUCUGAUUGGAUGGCUCCGGUACAUGACAGCCCAGUUACUCCCUGGAUUCCUCCAGUGCUUUGCUGAUGACUAUGUGAAUGUUCGCCAGCAAGCAUGUCUUACAGCUGGUUUGCUUCAAAUUAAGGAUGAGAUGGUGGGUGUAAGCAAGCUCUUAAUAUAAAUUAUAUUCCAAAAAGGGGUCUCAUAUCUAUACAUGGUUUUCAUUUAUAAAGGCUGAACAGAAAGUGUUAAACAUCUGUACAAUUUCAUCAAAAGUGAAAAUGUAUUUACAUUCUAUUUGCUACAUCAUAGGUGGGCUAAAAUCGACUAUCUGUAGGUUGAACUGUAACACCAAUGCCAUUUUCCCAGCUGAUCGUAAAACCAGAUUGUGUCUUGGUUAGAAGCGUGGCAUUUCUGUUGAGAAAAAGGAUCACGGAAAUUCUAGAUUAAACAGGGCGGAUGUUGUCGUCAAUCUCUAUGCUACAUUAAUCAGAUCAGCUUUUAAUAGAGAUAUAUGUUCUUUAAUUCAAAUGUCUAGAUUACUGCUCCGCACCAUGUCAUCAAUAAAAGCUAAUAAAAAGCUAUUUAAAAGCUUUUAAACUCAUCUUUAUUCUAGAGUCAGAACAGACUGCUCACUUUAGUCCCAGCUGCCAAUAACGAAGUCAUUAUAAGUAUUUGCCCACACUGCACUUGGACCAAUGAAAACCAUUCAUAUCCACUUUGAACUACAGUUCAAAUCAAGAGAGACAGAAAACUAUCCCUGCUGUCCAGGAAGUGUUACUAAAGGAAUUUAUAAAAAGUAAUGAUUUAUUUUUAAAUCAUCACUUUUAUAAAAUAAGCAACAGAUAACAUGCAGUUUAACCGCAAAGUAUUCAUACAGCACUGAAGUGCUCUAGAGCCUGGUUUCUCAACCAGUGUACGCGCAUUAAAGGCAGGGGGUACGUCAAGAGCAUGCCACCUAAAACCCCCCAGGAGGCAGCCGGCUUGAUAAGCAGAUGCCUACUCACCAAGCACAGUGGUGUCCAGAGGGGAAUGGAGGCUGAGGGAGCUGUAAUUUUCAUGAUCUUCCAGCACUGCUCCCUUGCAAGGUGAUGCCAUUAUGAGGUCUCUCCAGUCCAAGCAUCACUAAACCGCACAUGAGGGAUCAGUGCUGGAAGAGCAAAAAGAUUAUGCAAGCCCCAUACUGGACCCCAGGGAAAAGGAUUUACUCCAGCUCUCCCAAAGGUGGGGAGGCUGUGAGAACCUAACUAAAAAUAAUUUGUGUCUGUGGGCGAAUGUGUGUGUGUGUCUGUCGGUGAGUGUCAAAUCAGUGAGCGUGUCUGAUCAGGGAAAGGUUGUAAGUUUCCUCUGUGUGUAAAUGUGUGUGUCUGUUAUUGAAUGUGAGCAUCGGUGUAUGUGUGUCAAAUCAGUUAAAGUCUGAAUGUCAGUGUGUGUGUGUGUGUGUGUGUGUGUGUGUGUGUGUGUGUGUGUGUAUGUGUAUGUGUAUAUAUAUAUAUAUAUAUAUAAAUAAAAAUAAUUUAUUUUGUGUCCUCUUUGUGUAGUGUAUGUAUGUCAGUGUCCUGUGUGUAAAUGUGUGUGUCAGGGCUCUCGUGUGUAACUCUGUGGGUUACUGUCUUUUACGCAAAUGUGUUUGUGCAUGCCAGUGUUCUCUGUGUGUCACUAUUACAUGUGUAUUGUAUUUUCAUUUUGUGACUUUUAAACUUAAUAUUAAAACGACACUAUAAUCACAGGAACUACAGCUUAAAGGGACACUAUAGUCACCAGAACAACUACAGCUUGUUGAAUUUGUUCUGGUGAGUAGAAUCAUUACCUUCAGGCUUUUUGCAGUAAGCACUGUCUUUUUCAGAGAAAAUGCAGUGUUUACAUUACAUCCUAGUGAUAACUUCAUUGACCACUCCUCAGAUGGCUGUUAGAGAUCCUUCCUGGGUCAUGGCUGCCUAAAAUGCAUCCAAACAUUCAGUGUCUCCUCCCUCUGCAUGCAGACACUGAACUUCCCUCAUAGAAAUUCAUUGAUUCAAUUCAUCUAUAUGAGCUGAUUGGCCAUGGCUGUGUUUGAAUUAUGCUGGCCCUGCCCCUGAUCUGCCUCCUUGUCAGUCUCAGCCAAUCAUAUGGCAAAGCAGAUUGAAUCAGGCAACCACUUCUAAUGAGUUCAGCAGACAGCUUGCUAUUCUGAGGCAAACAGCAUGCAGAGCUACAGCUUCAGGCUUCAAUUCAAGUAAGAUUUUGCUCUAUUUAGGGAGGCAUGAGGGGCCCAGAGGGGUGAUGGUGGUUUUAACAAUAGAGUCAGGAAUAAAGUUUUAUGUCCAUGACCCUAUAGUGUUCCUUUAAUGUAGUUCUGGUAAUUAUAGUCAACCCCUUCAGUCUUUUUAAUAUAAACAUUGCUUUUUCAGAGUAAAGGCAGUGUUUACAUUGCUCCCUAGGGACACCUCCAGUGGCAGUCACUCAGACGGCCAAUAGAGGUGCAUUCUUGGUCAGCACUACACAACGUGCAGCAUCUCCAUGCUCUGCAUGAAGACGUUGAACUUUCCCCACAGAUAUGCACUGAUUAAAUGCAACUCUACUAGGAGAUGCUGGUUGUCCUGCGCCGUGUUUGUCUCGGCUCCCGCCCCACCUCUUUUCAAUUCUGAUGAUCUCAGCCAAUCCAAUGCUUUACCAUAGGAAUUCUGUUAAUCUCAAUCGAAAGGGAGCGAAGCCAGUGCCGGCAGACUUACGCAGCACUGGAAUAAAAGGUAUGUUUUAUGCUUAUUUAAGGUGGACAAGAGUGGGCCGGCUGGCCAGCUAGCAUGUUUUUUUUUUAACACUACAGGGUCAUGUUUGUAUUCCUGACCCUAUAGUAUUCCUUUAACAGUUCACACACUCCUCUUUACAUACACAGUAUUCUCAAUAUGCCAGAUUUAUGUUUAAAUAUGCUUUACGCCCUUUAAUCAGGAUUGUUCUCCAAUAUGGGAUUAAUUUAAGGAUCAGUGUCUAUAUGUUGUUUCAUUUGGAAUGUAAAUCAAUAGAAGUUACUUUCGAGGCAGGAGUAUUUAGGAAUGUGUUUUAGACCUGCAGGGUUAUUUCUCUGUAAAAGAAACACUGGUCUUGAAAGCUUGAAGCUCUAUUUAAACUGCUUCAGAUCUACUAGUUUCCCAUCUCAAUGCUAAACAAAUCUGCUCUUAUCUUGUUCUAGGUUUUAAACUCCCUCUAUAACCUAAUCCUGAAUGAUGCAAGCUGGAAAAUACAAAUAUUUGCUAUCAAAGGUCAGUGAUAAGCCUCAUUUUCCCAUGAUAACAGUUUCAGGUUUCAAUUGGUAUAUUUCAGAUUAACCCUCAAACAAAUAAUCUAUAAUAAACCAGGACAUGUAGAAACCUGGUGUUCUUUUAAUAGCACUUUUUUUUUUUUUUUUUUUUAAAACCUUCCUUAUAGCAAUGCCCAGUAGGAAGGCUGAGCGAGGUAUCCCACUUACUAUAGCCCACUAUAACAGACAGGCACACAUACAGACAGACAGGCACACAAACAUACAGACACACAAAGACACACACAAAGACAAGACACACAUACAGACAGACACAUACAAAGACAUACAAAGACACAUACAAAGACACUUACAUAAGACACACAAGACAUACAUAAAAAGACACAUACACAAACAAACACACAAAAUAUUUUAGUCACCCUCCUGUUUCCUACCUUUUAGGUGCAGGAGGGUGACUUUCCCUGGGGUCCAGUGGUGUCUCAGGUGGAUGGGAGUCAGAGUUCCCACUCUGACUCCCUCUUUCCGCCCGAUCUGUGUUAGCUGGGAGGAGUGACGUGCAGUCACUUCCUCCCAGCGUGAGGUAAUCACAGGGGGCCCGGUCACGCUCCAUAUGCGGCCCCGGCGGUUUGCCGUGCGGGCCGGGGCCGCAAGUAGUGAUGGCGGUACCCGGUCUCAGGGGGAACUGCCGGCUCGCACCCGCCCCCCCACCCCAAUCUCUCAACAUUAUAAAAUCCCUCCCGCCCACCUGGAAUCCUGAAACACCCACUAGUGGGCGGUAGAGACCAGGUUGACGACCCAUGGUCUAGACUAAAGGUGUCCAAAAUGUAGAUCCCCAGAUGUUUAAAAACUACAGCUUCCACCCUUGUGCUGCUAUGCACUCUCAGGGAGGCUAAUUGCUAGUCUGUGGUUAGGGCUUGGAGUCCUGUGUUGUAGAGCUAAAGACAAGAUGCAGAGAGGCACACAUUCAUUGUAAGUACUGGUUUCUAAGAAGGCUGGGACAACUGGCCCGCAUAAGGUGUGAAAAAGAAGGAUGAGAUUGUCAAACAGUCAACUUUCUUGAAUGCCUUUUUAAAAGCUUAAAGCCUGGACACUACAGGUUAAUUAGUAGAUUUGUAAAAAAAUCUGUUCAUUGCCUGUAGUUUAUCGUCAGGUCAUGAGUGUUUGCUAUAUGUAAAAAGGCCAUUUAGCAGUUUCUCCAUGCUAAAUAUUUAUGCAGAAGUACUUCCUUCUAGUUACAGAAGCAAUUUAUUCCAUCUGCAAUUAACACGGUCUACUUAAUAUGAUAGAGUAUUCAUUCACAGGGUUUGGUUUUGUUUUUUGUAAUGAAAGCACUACAAUAGGCAGCUCUUUCACUCACAGCACUGGGACAGGAACAAUUACAAACGGGACGACAAAACACAAGGCUGCAGAGGGGAGUCAUGACUAGUUCUUUGAAAGAGGCCAAUGCCAAUGUCUGUUUCAGAUGCAGAAAGUGAUGUCAGGGUAAAAUACAACCAAGACACAAAUAAAGAUCUCCUUGAGUUUAUUAAAAUGACAUGUACAAAAGAUCAAUAAAUUAUUACACCUUUUUCCAGCUUUGGGCAAUAUCGGACAGGUGACCACUCGUGUAAAAGAGAUUCUGCUGAGAUCCAUAAGAAGUGAUGUGCCAGCAGUGCGUAUAGAAGCCUGUCACUGUAUCGCCACUCUACGCCUGUGUGAUACGGAUGUUCAGAGUGCACUACAGGAUCAGCUGGUCCUGGAAUCUAACGAAUUUGUGAAAAGGUGAGUUUGUCCACAUAAUGCCUUAAAAUAAUGGGUGACUUAACCAUGCAUGAAUAAGAAUUUAUAUGUAUACUUUACACAUUUUAUUCUUAAAUAUUUGCAAAUGUGACCAGAUUAUGCAUUACUCCUGCAGUUUUAAGGUGGAAUUACAUAUUCUUUGUCUAUUUAGAGAGGUGAACCAAACGCUGACUGCCUUCAACAUAAAGAAUGAAGGAAAUCAGCAAAUGAGGUCAUUGAUCCAACAGGAGGUAUGUAUGGGUUGUCUUGGGAACACUAAAGGUAGACAGAAAGUCAAAUGUUGUAAGCAAUUGAUUUUGGCUACAGUUGUACAAUGCUUAGAAAAAAAAAAAAAAAAAAAAAAAAAAAUUGCUAGAAUUCUGUAAAAACAUUAUUAAACCAAACUGAUCUGGUUGUGUGUAUCACAGAUGUCAAGGCUUUGCCAAGAGGAAGUGUUGAUUCCAAAGGUUUUGAAACUGGACGAGUCUCUGGAAGAAGGACCACAGAAGACUGGACUGCUAAUAGACAAGACCCAGAUGGACCCAAAAGGUUUUAUAGAGUAA